AUGAUGGAUGAUAGAUCCAGUAAGCUGAUUUUGGUUCCUAUUUUAGCGGUGCUUUUUGUUAUGAUAGGUUACCAGUACAUAUGUCCUGCUGGCAGCAAUUCGUGCCACUUUAAGACUGAGGAGAAAUUACGAGGGGUGAGCCUACUUUCAUCCCCGUAUCAGGACAGCGAUGAUUUCUACAGAGAUCAAGACCUGGAGGAUGACAGCCCUCCCAAACUGCCGUCCAAAUUCAACUUCACCGAGAGAGACCUUGACAGACACGUGGAGUUCAACAUCAAGGGGGACGACGUGAUCGUGUUUUUGCACAUCCAGAAGACCGGGGGAACCACUUUCGGGAGGCACUUGGUGAGGAAUAUUCGCUUGGAGCAGCCGUGCGACUGCAAGCCCGGACAGAAGAAAUGCACAUGUCACCGACCGGGGAAAGAGGAGUCCUGGCUCUUCUCCCGGUUCUCCACCGGCUGGAGCUGCGGACUGCACGCAGACUGGACCGAGCUAACGAACUGUGUGCCCGUCAUUAUGGAUAAGAAGGAGGCCCAGAGGAAUAAAAGGAACUUCUACUACAUCACCAUGCUGCGCGACCCAGUCUCCCGCUACCUGAGCGAGUGGAAACACGUCCAGCGAGGAGCCACGUGGAAGACCGCCCUCCAUAUGUGUGAUGGACGCUCGCCCACCCAGGACGAGCUGCCCACCUGCUACAGCGGGGACGACUGGUCCGGUGUCACCCUGACAGAGUUCAUGAACUGCCCGUCGAACCUGGCCAACAACCGUCAGGUCCGCAUGCUGGCCGACCUCAGCCUGGUGGGCUGCUACAACCUGUCCUCCAUGAACGAGAGCCAGCGCAAUCACAUCCUUCUGGGCAGCGCCAUGAGCAACUUGAAGAACAUGGCUUUCUACGGCCUGACUGAGUUUCAACGCAAGACGCAGUACCUGUUUGAGCGGACGUUCAGCCUGCGCUUCAUCUCCGCUUUCACGCAGAUCAACAGCACGCGAGCCGCUAACGUGGACCUGAGCGAGCUCGUGCGCAGACGGAUCGAGGAGCUCAACUUCUUGGACGUGCAGUUGUACGAGUACGCGAAGGACCUGUUCCUCCAGCGGUUCCAGUUCACCCGCCAGAGGGAGCACCAGGAGGUGCGCUUGAAGAGGCGCGAGGAGAGGCGCUGGCUGCGGGAGCAGAGGGAGCAGGGCAGGCCGUGGCCCACUAAACACAGAGGAGGCGGAAACAGAGGCGGGAGAGGAGGCGGAGGAGGCUCGGAGAAGGAAACUGACAGUGAUUUCCCAACCACCACUGAGGACUACACGAGCCAAGUGGCCCAUUGGUGA